CAAAAGUCACAUUUUUAGAGUGAACUUUGAAAAAGAAAGAGUUGGAUUUAAAAUUUUCAGAUUCAGAUCUUUUAAAUUAAUGUACAAAAAAAAAUUCUUCAGGUUCGGAUUUUUCUCUCAGCUUCAAUUUUUUUUUUUCACUUUCAAAAAAAAAUUCUUCAGGUUCGGAUUUUUCUCUCAGCUUCAAUUUUUUUUUUCACUUUCAGAUCUCUAUUUUUCAGUUACAGACUUUUGGCCCUGUUUUGACCUGGUGGGCGUGGCUACACCGAGAGGGGCGGGGAAUCAUGAGUGACAGCAGACCGCUGCAGGCUCAAGAUGGUCCAUUUUUCAUGUUGCCUUCAGGAAACCUGGGAAUGAACAUAAUUUAUCAAACACCUCCUGCACUGUAUUAUUUGAUAAUGUUUAGAAAACAUGUCAUGCAUAACUGCUAAAACUCAGUUACUAAAGCUCUUUCAAGCAGUAAUGUGUACAAAUUACGCCGUAACUGAUCAAUUAUGAGACGUUUUCCCAGCCACUACGUGAGAAGUGGUCAUUUCCCAUGCUCUCAAAGUAGCGCGCAUUGUAUCGGGUGGGGGCUGCUGUUAACUUGUCCCUCAGUGAACGAUGGCGUCGUCUUCCAACAACACUGCUGGUGCGAACAAUCAGGUGAGUGUUUAAGUUUGGAACAAUUACACUGCAGUCUGUGAAUACUACGAAUUUAAGAAGUGGCUAUUGUUACGGUUAAUUUUUCGGCUAUUCUGUUUUUUUAUUUUAUAACGUUUUUUGCUGAAAUGCUAGCUCAACAGAAACGCCUCGCUAUCAUUUUCGGCUGAAACUUACGUCCUAGUUGAUCUGUAAGCUUGGAGAACAACAAAGUUAGUGAAGUAACGUAAAAUUCUUUGUAUUUAAUUUAGGAGCAGCUAAAAAGAGAGGUGCUUCAGCGACUACUGCAUAAAGUUUCCCAGGUCAUGCACAGACAACCCCUCGAUGUGGACUAUUUGCAGUUUGUUAUCGACCAUGAGAUGGUCCUUUUAAGAUCUUUGUCCGAUCAGGUUGAGAUCCCUCAAAGUAUUAUAAAUGCUCUGAUAGAGCUGUCAACUGUGCUCAGUAUGGAGGACGUCAAUGAACAAACCCCCUCUCAGAUGUCAGUGUCAGAAGGAAAGCUGGGACGUCCAAAUUACAAUGUAUCGCCUGUACAGCUCCAGAUACUGACAGAAAUGUUCUUAUCAAUCACCCAAAUUGCAAAACUUCUUGGAAUAUCUGUGAGGACAGUGAAACGUCGUUUGCAUGAAUAUGGCAUUUCCAUAAAGCAGUGCUACAGUACAACAAGUGAUGAAGAGCUGGACAAUUUAGUAAGAUCUAUAAAGACAAGAACACCUCAUGUUGGAUACAGGAUGAUGAAAGGGAUGCUUCAAGCCAUGGGCCACCAUGUACAGUGGAAGAGAGUGUACUCGUCGAUGCACCGUGUGGACUCUGCUGGUAUUUUCUCAAGAAUGACAAGGCUGGGAUUUGUGAUUUGGCCUGGUGAUAUUCGGAGGGAUAGAUGGGUACUCAAGAAAGAUCAUGUACCUGGGUGCUGCUGCCAACAACAGAGCAUCAACUGCACUUGCUUUCUUCUUGGAGGCUGUACAAAAGUAUGGCUUUCCAUUGAGAGUUCGAGGGGAUCAAGGGGUGGAAAAUGUUGGAAUAGCAAGAUGCAUGUUCACCAUCCGGGGCUGUGGAAGAGGAAGCUUUCUGUCAGGCAAGAGUGUUCACAACCAAAGAAUAGAGCGCUUGUGGCGAGAUGUGUGGAUGGCUGUUUCAAGCGUGCACUAUGAAACCCUUCACAACCUCGAGGAUGAAGGCCUUCUGGAUCCAACUGAUGGUGUCCACAUGUUUUGUGCCCAACAUACAUUUCUUCCACGUCUGCAGAGGGAUCUGGAUGUCUUUAGACAGGGUUGGGAUAACCACCCUCUAAGGACAGAGAGGAAUCUGUCCCCACAACAACUGUGGACACUGGGACUCCACCAGAAUCCAGUUGAUACUCCAGACACAGUGGAGGAAAUCGAGGAUGCGUACUUGGAUGUCAACUCUAUUGGUGAGCUGGAUGGGAGCAAUCCUGGAGUAAUUCUUCCAUCUUUUGAAUGUCCUCUAUCUGAGGAGGACAUGGCAAGACUAAGAGACACUGUCAAUGUAACAAGGCCCUCUCAGUCACAUGGCCGAGACAUUUAUUUGGAUGUACUUAACUUUGUACUAACUCACCGUUCCUAGGCGGCAACAUUUUUAUUUUGAAUUUUCAACCCAGAGAAGGUUCAUGAAUAGCUCAGACUUUUAUUUGAUGUGAUAUACAUGUAAAAUGAACCUGCCAGGAAAUUUUUAUGUGAACACUCAAACAUCACAUUACAAACUAUUUUUUUUGUCUCUGGCACAUUUUUCAACAGUAAACCUGUAUAUUUUUGUGUGCUUCAUGCCACUCAUUAAAGAACUCUGGCUGUCAAUCUCCAACUUUGAAAUGUCCUUCCUGAACAUUAAAUGGAAGGAGCAGCAUUUUGAGUUACACCUCAAAACUGUUGAUAGACAAUGCUAUGCUUUACACAUUGUUAAAUUCCUGGCCAAGAUGAAAAGCCUCCAGCAGAACCAUUCUGAAUUGACUAUAGGACUUCAUAUGUUUCACAGGCAGGACAAUGGUCUUAGCACAGGAUGACACAACAGGAUAGCGGAUGCUGUGAUUUCCAAAGUCAGCUUCACAAUUGUGAUUAAAUUUUACCACCACA